GGAAGAGGAGGAGGAGGGAGAGCAGCACAGGCGCGUUGUUCCUGUGUGAUGGUGGUAAUUUCACGGGGAGAAGGAAAGCGACCGAAGCAGCGAGCUCCUCGUCGGAUUGUAUUCAUUCUCUUCAGCGCAAAAUGUGCACGCCAUGUUGCGUCUCGCAGCUGGCCUGCUGCUGCGGCUCAGCGGCCUGCUCGUGCUGCUGUAGCUGCUGCCCCCAGAUCAAACAGUCCACGGGGACCCGAAUCAUGUACGCCCUCUACUUCCUGCUGGUCACCAUCGUCUGUGUCAUCAUGAUGUCCCCCACCGUGGAGCAGCAGUUGAGAGACAAUAUCCCUUUCUACAGCCACAUGUGUGAGAAGAUGAAUGCAGGCGAGAACUGCAAAACUCUGGUUGGUUACUCUGCUGUCUACAAAGUGUGCUUCGGCAUGGCCUGCUUCUUCUUAUUGUUCGCCAUCUUCACCAUACGCAUCGACAACAGCACAGGCUGCAGGGCGGCCGUGAAUAACGGGUUCUGGAUGCUGAAGUUCAUUGUGCUGGCGGCCUGCUGUGCUGCAGGCUUCUUCCUCCCUGAAGAGGAAACGUUUCUGCAAGUGUGGCGCUACAUCGGAGCCGUCGGCGGGUUCUUUUUCCUGCUGAUCCAGCUCAUGCUCUUGGUGGAGUUUGCGCACCGAUGGAACACAAACUGGAGUUCAGGAGUGAAGCACAAUCGCAUGUGGUACGCAGCGUUGGCCUUUGUCACUCUGAUGCUGUUCAGCGCGGCCGUAGCAGCCUUGGUGUUCAUGGGUGUGUUCUACACCGACCACGAGGCCUGUUUACUCAACAAGGUCUUCCUGGGCAUCAACGGCAGCCUGUGCUUCAUCGUCUCCCUGUUGGCCAUCUCCCCCUUCAUACAGAAACUGCAGCCCACAUCAGGCCUGCUGCAGCCAGGAGUCAUCAGCCUGUACGUCAUGUACCUCACCUUCUCAGCCUUCUCCAGCAAACCAAAAGAAAUUGUGGAAAGAAAUGGCGUGAACACCACCGUUUGUGUGUUUUCCUUCAACUCUGAGACGGAGAGCGACAAGAAGAUCGUCACCGGUUUUGGAACCGUUAUCCUUUUUGGUUGUAUUCUCUACGCUUGCCUGACGUCCACGACCAGGCGAAGCUCUGCAGCGCUCAGAGUGUGUAGGAACAGUGAGCCGGCGACUGAGAGAGCUCGCUGUUGUUUCUGUUUUGGAGAUGACACAGAUGACUGUGAGGUGAACAACACUGGUGGAGGCCAAAAUGUGAUAUAUGAUGAGAGAGAAGGAACCAUCUACAGCUACUCUUACUUCCAUGCCGUCUUCUUCCUGGGAUCCCUGUACGUCAUGAUGACCGUCACCAACUGGUUCCAUUAUGAUGACCACAAGAUUGAGAAGCUGUUGGACGGGAGUUGGUCGGUGUUUUGGAUCAAGAUGGUCUCCUGCUGGGUGUGUCUCAUCCUCUACAUGUGGACCCUCUUUGCUCCCAUGGUCUGCCCAAAGCGCUUCGAGGCCUAAAAGCUCUGGUCCUUGGGACGUGGUCGGGCAGACGCUCUCGCGCUGAGCCAAGGGACGUCCAACACUCUGUCUUACCUUGAAACACAACCCUACACUACCCUCAGUGUUCAAAAUGGAGGAUUAUCUGUUGCCUUUUGUUUUAUAUGCUAGUGUUUUACAACGUUAAUACCUUGAUGGUAAAUUUGCUAUCUUUUACUACCACUUUCUCGUGGAGUUUUUUUUUUAAAUUACUUACAGAUUUGAAAUUACAUACAGAAUUGUGGGAGUUAAGUUGCAUCGGGAAACAUGAUAAUCACUCAGCCCCUUUUGUCAAUAUUGCCUUUGUGUGUCAGUUUCACCUUGGCCAGACAAUUGACUUCUGUAAAGUUGUUGCAAAGAUUUGGAAUGAUUUGAAUUUCACCCAAAAUAUGUUACAAAAGAGAAUGUGUCUUAAGUAGAUCCAGAUCUUUCUUAGUAAAAUCCACGCUAUCCGUACAAAGAUUCCUGCCAUCCUUGUUGUGUUACAAGGCAGUGCUUUUCCGAUUAACCUGCCUCAUUUGAGAGGCACGUUGGUGAAAUGUCACGGCCGCCUCUGUGCAAGAGCUGCGGUGUCACAGAUGAGGAAUGUUUGCCAAAGGUAGAAGUCAGAAAACAACAAUAACAAUUGUUUGGUCAGUAGCAGAGAUCUUUACUGAGGACAUUAAGUAUUCGCAUGCACACACAAACGCUCGCUUUAACUGUUUUCUGUACAGUUAUGAAGGCUUAUGUUAAAUCUUUCCACCUCAUAGGGAAUAAGGUAGCAUAAUCACUUUCAUCAGCAGGUUAUUCAAUACUGGAUGUUGAGUUUUCUGCCAAAUUCUCUCAAAAAGCUCCACGAGUCAACCUGUGUCACUGACUGUUUACAACGCGUCGUACAUCGUCAACAAUUUUUUUCUCAUUCAUCAAGACAUCAUUACGUCCUUUUCCUCUGAUAUGUGGAUUCAGUCAUUCAAUUUGUUUUAUGUACAUGAACAUUUCUCCAGGGGACUUACAUUUUUAAGAAACCUCUCUACAUUUUGGUAUAAAUCGAAUGGUGCUCUUCAGUUUUGAUAUCAAUCUAAAGAAAGGCUGUGUAUUACCAAAACAUACAGUAACACUUUGGGACCAAGAUGUACAUGUUUGAAAUACAGAGAUGUACAGUUCAUUGUUCAAACUCUCAAUAAAACAGCCGUCAAACGCCA